GGGAGAGCGCGUGACUGGCGGCCGGGUCACGUGACACGCCCGACCGGGCCUCCAAGAUGGCGGUGUGCGUGGCGGUGAUCGCCAAGGAGAAUUACCCUCUUUACAUCCGCAGCGCCCCCACAGAGAAUGAGCUGAAGUUCCACUACAUGGUACACACGUCCCUGGAUGUGGUGGAUGAGAAGAUCUCCGCGAUGGGGAAGGCCUUGGUGGACCAGAGGGAGCUCUACCUGGGCCUGCUGUACCCCACAGAGGACUACAAGGUAUACGGCUACGUGACCAACUCCAAGGUGAAGUUCGUCAUGGUGGUGGACUCCUCCAACACGGCGCUGCGAGACAACGAGAUCCGCAGUAUGUUCCGGAAGCUGCACAAUUCCUACACAGAUGUGAUGUGCAACCCUUUCUACAACCCUGGGGACCGCAUUCAGUCCAGGGCCUUUGACAGCAUGGUGACGUCUAUGAUGAUACAAGUGUGUUGAGCGAGAACUCAGCGGCCGUUGCUUGAAGACAAGCACUGUGUACAUAAGCCAUCGUCCGCAUGGAUGUUUAUUAUCCCGUGCCUGUUCCUGAGCGUCCCUGCUGUUGGGGGCAAGGCCUCGGGCACGGUGCGUGGAGACUAAAGGUCUUCUGAGAUCACGUUUGGUGUUUUCCUUGUGUCAGCAGAGGCUCGGACGGAAGAGCGUGUAGCGCGGCACUUUGGAGGCUGGCGCAGAGGUCAGGGACCAGAGCCGGGACGAGGGGCGGGGAGAGCGGGUGAGGGAGCCCACGGACCUUGGGGCCCUGCGGGGGCUGCAGCUGUGGGGCAGCAGAGACGGGAGCGACUCGAGGCCGGCCUCCGCUGGCUGACCGGGUGGGGUGGUCUGUGGGGGCAGGCCUCCUGUGCCCAGGGCCAGCUCUAGAGGGGCUCCCGGAGAGCCCACACGUCCUCCCCUGGCUUCGUCUUUCUGGACUCGUGCCUGGCCUCAGGAGGGAGCUGCUCUCAGCUCGUCAACUGCCGCCUGCUUUCUGAGCACUGAGUGAGCCAGUCCCUGAGCCUCCCCCUGGGGGAGCGUGUGGCGGUCCCUAACGGUUGGCGGAGCCCCUGGUCACCUGCUGCCUCCGCAGGCCCCUGAGCAAGCCGGGGGGAGGGGGGGUAUGCUUGAGGAGCAACCGAUGUGAUCGGAUUUCUGCCACGUGCUUCCCCAGAAGCCUGCUCUGUCAAGUCCAGAUGGCAGUCCUAACUAGUUGACUGUGACCGAGGGGACAUUGCCAUCCGGGAUCAGGCGGCCCCGGCCCUGGCACCCUUCGUCAUCUGGCAACAAGGACCCGCGGGGUCUGAGCCCCACCGCACGGUCUGCUCUGUGCUGUCGUCAGUGCCCUGGCUUCGAGCCGGGUGCCCCGGGCCGGCCGUGAUCCCUCCCUCCCUCCCUCCUCAGUCGCUCUGGAGAAGGGGUCUGACGAGGAGCAGGGCCACCCGGACCCCCUGGGGAAUGGCUGAGGCCAUUAGCACCGGGAUGGGACCCGGAGGUGAGCCUUCCCUUCUAAGGAACGCGGGACUCGUUUUU